AUGUUAUAUCGCUCUUUCAAUUCUUUUCUCGAACCCGACUUAAAAAGUUUCUCAUUCUUAGUGCCAUCUUCACAGCUGUUUAAUUUCCAAGCGGUUAUUUCUAAUUUGGAUUCAUAUAAUCAUGCCCUUUCACAUUUGGAUACUUGUCAUGCGGCCAACACAACAAGUUCAGGAAAUAGCGAGGCAGAAUCCAUGGAAAAGGGAAUGGAUUUUCUCUUUCAAAUGACAAAAGGAUUCCUGGAUCUUGUACAACCAAACAGAAUAUACGAAAAAUAUAAUUUAAAACAAAUGAUACUGGACAAGAAUUUUGAAGUGGAACUUCAAGACUGGCGAAAGGCGGUACUCUAUUUCAUAGGAUAUGCUGUCUGCGUUGCCAUUGGUAUUUUGUUUAUUAUUGUUAUGCCUAUUGUUGGUUGCUGUUUAUGCUGCUGUCGGACAUGCUGCAACAAUUGUGGAGGAAAACGGCACAAACAUGAUCCCAAGAAUGCAAGAUAUAAGAGACGAUGUUACACAACAUUUUUGAUAAUUUUCAACACAUUCAUUCUAUUUGCUGUCGUUUGCACCUAUGUGACAAAUGAACUCUAUAAGAAAAGAUUUGUUGAUGACCCUGAAAUUUUCAAUGUAAUCAGGAAAGGAACUAAAGACUUUGUUGUUUAUGUAGAUGAUUCUUUUCAGGAUCUGAGAACUGUGGCUAAGAAACAAGUGCAACUAUUAAAGACAGAUAUACGAACACAAUUACAAAAUGCUGGUAAUAAAUCUGUAACCUUAUUAACCAAAAAUAUAAAUGUUACUUCUGUAAUGAAUGAAGUGGAGGAUUUUGGCAAUGGUGUUAUUGAACUGAAAUCUUCUCUUGCCCAGUUGAGCCAAUCUCUUGCAAAUCUGAGUGCAACUGGUUCCAAGUUAAAAAAUGAAGUAAAUCAAGUGAAAAAAAAUGUUUUAGCCAAACUAUCCAAUUGUGCUGAUGAGCAAUGUAAACAGCUUAAACGCUAUAUAGAUAGUACUUCUGUUAAUGCUCAGUUUUCUAUGUUGGAUAACCAAACUGAUUUAUUAAAUAAACUAAAUAAUUUAUUGAAUAUUCCUGAUUUGGCAAAAGAGGCUGAGAAAAAAUUUGAUUCUGUUUCUAAAAACAUUACUGAUGUUAUCAGCAAGCAAAAUCAAACUAUUGAACAGGGCUUUACAGAAGUUUCAAAUGAGAUGGACAAUACACUAAACAAUGUUGCUGAUAUAAAAAAAAAGUUACCAACAAAAGAAAUAGAUGAAGAAGUGAAUAACGCAAUGAAUUUGUACAACUCUAAUAAAUUAUACAAUUCUAUUCCGUGGUAUAUUGGCAUUUGUGUUGCAUCUAUACUACUGAUGAUUGUUGUCUGCAAUUACCUUGGUAUCUUAUUUGGAUUGUGUGGUGAAAGACCUGGGGAAAAUGCACCUUGCUGUAACCGAGGAAUUGCUGCAAACUUUCUCCUGGCUGGUGUUGGAUUCUAUUUCAUAUUCUGCUGGAUUUUGGUAAUUAUUGUAUUGAUUGAAUUUGUUGUUGGAGGAAUUAUGUACACAGAAGUAUGUCGCUAUCUCAACAAAGAUAACCCUACUGAAUUAAAGCCCAUCUUGAAUAGCUUCAAUUUCACUUAUCCAGUAUUGAAUAAGAGUGUUUCUUUAGCAACCUAUGAUAUUAUUGAUAAAUGCUACAAAAAUAAUUCAUUACUAAAUUCCAUAAACUUUCCUAAAACUAUCCUGACAGAUAAUAUACCAACAAAGAUGUUAGUUGAUAAAAUUAACAAUAUUAAUGAGAAAAGUGUACAUAUUGGUGAUGUGAAACUACUGGAUGACAAAUUGGAAAAGACGCUGAAGAAUUUUGAGCAAUUGAAAACCAACAGUCAAAUUAACCUCACUCAAUAUGAAAUCCAGCUAAACAAGACUGUUGUGACAUCCGAUCUCAAUUUGCUUGCCAACAACUUAACUAGUCUCGGCAUCAAGGUCAAUAUAUCAUUUGUAGCCAAUGCCCAAAAGUUGAGAGAAAUUCAUAACACUACAUACACUUAUAUGAAAAAUGAAAUGAAUAAUUUGGGCAGAAUCCUUGUUCUUGUCAAGAAGAAUAUGAAUCUUGAUGAAAAAGUUUCUUCAUUAAUUACAACCAUAAGAAAAGUAGAAACUUCUGUGAAAAAUAAUGGGACCGAAUUAAUUAAAAAAAUUGUGAAGGAGGUAAUCCAGGAAUUAGGAAAGCUUGUCGUUAAGAAUGUGAACAAUUUAAUUGAUACUAUCAUAAAUGAUGUUGCUCCUUGUAGACCUGUGUACAACAUUAUCUUCACAUUUACAGAUGUUGUAUGCAUUACUUUCCUGAACCCAAUGAAUGGUUUCUGGUUCAGCACUGGAUGGGCAAUCUUUUUCUUCUUACCAACAAUUAUUUUUGCCACAAAGUUGGCUGGACUCUAUCGAUGCUUGUACAAGAGACCCUCAACGCAGGAAAAUGCUGAUUCUUACGCUGCAAGCGAUGCUGACCACAUACCUUUGGCCAGAGUGAAUCAGGGCAAGUCUAGUCCUCAAGGAAUGCCUAACAGUGCCUAUGAUGAUAUUCCAAGUAACAAGUACAACCUACCACCCAACCAGGUGUAUAAUUAUAAUGGAUCUGGAAACCCCUACAGUGGCUACCCCGUAUAUCCUCCCCCCUCUUACCAUGAUAAAAAAGAGAGUCGUGUCCUAGAACAAGAAUGA